AUGAACCCCAAUGAGCAUCCGUCACACACGAACACAGAUAGUAACCGUAUUGGUGCGCACAAGUAUUUCUUCCGAUGGUUCACAGAGGACUGGAACUGCAGGAAAAGCUGGGUUACAGAAGAGGGAAAACCUAAUUUUAAAAGACUUUUGCAUGAAUUUGAUAAGACUCAUGUUCCUGUUGCAAACUGCAAUGCAAAAGAAUACAAUGCCAAUCCCAAGCAAAUCAUGACUUUCAAGGAGUUAUUUCAGUACUGUAGAGAGUACGUACAGAAUGGACAUUCUUCACGGACAUGUUUAUACCUGAAGGACUGGCAUAUGCAUAGGAACUUUCCUGACCACAACACUUACAAGACCACAAUUUACUUCUCUGAUUGGCUGAAUGAAUAUUGGUACACAAUUGAAGUGGAUGAGUAUUGAUUUGUCUACAUGGGACCUAAAGGAUCAUGGACACCUUUCCAUGUAGAUGUGUUUCACUCUUACAGUUGGCCUGCAAAUAUCUGUGGACGUAAGAAAUGGCUCCUGUAUCCUCCAGGUCAAGAGGAGUUCCUCAGAGACUGUCCUGGCAACCUGGCCUAUGAUUUAACUGCUCCUGUACUUAAAGACAAAGGUCUAUACUCACAGUUUGAAGAGGCUUGUCAGCCUAUUGAGAUCAUUCAAGAAACUGGAGAGAUCAUCUUUGUACCAAGUGGUUGGCAUCAUCAAGUUUACAAUUUGUAUACUAUCUCAAUUAAUCAUAACUGGUUGAAUGGCUUUAAUCUAGACAUCAUGUGGCAGUUUUUCCAGGAAGAACUUUCCUCUGUCCAGAGAGAGAUUGGGGAUUGGCGUGAUACUCUGGACACCUGGCAUCAGCAUUUUCAGUUGAUCAUGAAAUCAUGUACUGGAAUCAAUUAUGGGGAAUUAAACGUCGGCUAA